AUCAGCUGACUGUGUAUUGGCUACGUGGGUGGUGAACGUAUUUUAACGAUACGCUUACUACGUCCCUAAAAUAUUCGAGAUAUAUCGAAAAAGGUGGUGUUUGAGGCUGUAACAUUUGUUUAGGGACAAUGGAGAAUUUAGAGGACAGUCUGAAGACAAUGGUGAGAACCUUCAGGCGAGAAUGCCACCGGGUCCUUGAGUCAGAGAGGACUACCAUCCACGGGGCAGAUGGAAUGUUGAUGGUUCUACAGCUGGCCAUUGCAGAGGUCAAUAAACAGGAGAGUGGAGAGUUCAGUGUUGCCCUGAGUGAUGUCCUGGUGGCCUGGAAACACUUACUAUUAGACAAACUUCACCUGCCCCUUGACAACGACUCUUCCCGACCAGAGAACUAUGACAUCAUCAGGAAAGAAUACGACUCCUUUCUGAAGCGCACCAACACUAUGGACCUGAUUGAUAUCCACUCUAUGUACAAACAGCUGAGGGUUGAUCCGGACCCUGAGGAGCCUCUGAGCUCAGUCCAGCUGUUUCAGUUUCUGUCCAGUAACAUGGAGACCUAUGAGGUGAGGGAUUCCCUGUCCCAGGUCCCCUUGACUCCAUCAAGCAAGUCAAAGCCAUGCAGCACACAGGUAGGAAAGGUGGUGAGGAGGGUCUUCUGCUCCUAUCUGGAUCAGCUGGUCAACUCCAAGAACGACAUGGCCCUAGCGCACACCCUUGACACCCCUGGCAGAUCGCUCGGACGUGUAGCUUUUACUGACCUGAAGCGUGAAGCACGGAGCAAGAACAUGUCACUCUUCUUGGCUGUGACAUCAUUUGUGAGAGCGGUCCAGCUGGGAGGAAAGGGCUAUGCCCCUGCUGAGUCUGACCCCCUGAGGAAACAUGUUAAAGGCCUGUCAGACUUUGUCCAUUUUACAGACAACCUGGAGGAGAUAUUGGGAGACAACCCUGACCCUAGUAUUGCUGGCGUUUGUCUGGUGACCAGUAUCAGGGCAGCUCUGUUGAAGGGGCGGGCCAGUGGAGACAUUGUGUACGCUGCAGCUGACGAGACCGCCAAGGACCUCAAAGAGCGGAUCGCUCAGAUCCAUCUGUCCCACAGACUGCAGUCGGCUAGUGGGACAGGGAUCAGCCCAGCCAGGCCUAGAUACCAUGCUAUUAACCACGCCACUGCUUAUGGAGGUCGGGAGACUGUGAAGGUCCUGAUAGCAUUGCUGGAUGAAGAUGCUUUGGCUCCGCCUUGCAGGAACAAGGCAGUCUUACUCUCUGAGGAUCAGGCUGUCCUCAGUGGGGGGGAGGGGACCUGCAUGCUCACACUGUUCCGAUCCCCUGAGGUUCCCACUGGCUCCUCUCCAAAACCCCUGCAACACCGUGUCCAGGAGCGACAAGAUCAACUCAAAUCCAAGGCCAGAGAGCGAACCAUCCGAUCUCAGUUUGCCUGCACGUACCAGGACGACUCGGAGCUGCCCCUCAACCGCAUCCUGGACUUCCCCAGCACCAUCCAGGUCACCACCUGUGUGCACUCGGCUCCUAAGCAGACCAUCACUACUGUGGACUCCACCUCUGCUGUCAAUGAGCUGGGCAGAGUGGAGGUUUACCCAGAGGCUGGGAGGAAAGAGGCCCAGGGAGGAGGCACAACCCGGGGGGUUGCCACAGCGCUAGGGCCCAGGAGUGGAAAUGAUGCCCCGAGCAGCAGUGUAGGCGUGGGCAGUCGGAAGACCAACAUCCAGACAGAAGGAAGCAGCAAGGCCUGUAAACGGAAGCUGGUGGAUUGUAGCGACCACUGUGGGUCAGGGAACCAUCCCCCUCUGAAGAAACUCCCCACCAGAUUGACAGGGAAGAAUGGUGGGGCUAAAGCCCCCAGUAAGAAGAAACUGAUUGCAGGACAGGGCAAGCUCACCAGCUUUUUCAGAUUGUGAGCUACUCAUUGUCGUGAUGAAGUUGAAGGCAGUACUAGUAAUGGUGCUUUAUUUAAUCAAUGGUCUGUUGUCUUUGAAGCUGAAUGUUCCGGAAUCAAUUGCACUUGUUUUCCCGCAGUGGCGCUUGGCCUGAUUUCAGAGGCUUUAUUGUACUUUUUAUUUAUUUUUUCCUCUGUGCUUUCCAACGAUUGACAGAAAUCAUUUUGAAAGAAAGAUCACCAGCUGUGGUGUGUCUGGGAGAGUGUGAUGCAGAAGAGCUGUUGAGGCAAUAUGGAAAGUCUGAGAGUGGUUGAAACCCAAGCAGAUCUGUUUGAUAGCCGAUCUGUGGAGGAUUGGCCUGCAGUUUAUCUCCCUCUUAGACAAAAGCCCCCCGCCAGACACUUCUCCUCUCUUACAUGCAUCUUCACUACUACUAUAAUAAAUUCUAUACUGUUUCGUAUUUGA